AUGCCCCAUCGUGUCGAGGACAUGACCGUGGACCGGUCAAUAAGCCAUCGCUCUGACGGCCCUGCGCAAUAUCAGUUCAUGCCGCUGCACUCGCACCCCACCCCUCCUCCCAUUGCCACCCUCCAUCACUCGCCCGCCCUCUCUGCUUCCUCGCUCGACAGCAACUCCAUCUCGCCCUCCCCCCCGAUCACUCAGCCCUCCACGCCCUACUACCACCCCGGUCCUCCUCCGAUGAGCCAGGCCCCGCCCUACCAAUACCAGCCGGCCGGCCCCAUGCGCUACACCGACGACCCCGCCGCCGCUUACCCCGUGCCUUCCCACGGCGCCCCCGGCAUGCCCGCACGCUCGAUCCGACCCACCAUCGUCGCCGCGCAGCCUUACCCCGGCCAGACCAACUACAUCAUCCACACCGACGACGCGACGACGAAGCUGUCCGACCGCGUCCGCCGCAAAUGCUUCAACUGCCGCACGACCGACACCUCGACCUGGAGACGGUCGAGUCUGACACCCGGCAAAGUGCUGUGCAACAAGUGUGGCCUCUUUGAGCGCACGCACUCGCGCCCCCGCCCGGAGGCUUUCCCGCACAAACGGGGCCCGGUCGCGAACGUCAAUCAAUUCAAGCACCGCAACACCCCACCCCACUCACAGUCUAUCUCGGCGCCCCCCGCGUCUUCUCCCCCAGCCUCUGCGACGGCCGCGGCCGCGGUGGCACCGCAGAUGCUUCCCCCACACCACUACUCGCACCCUUCGCUCUCGCCGCUCAUGCAGAACCGCCCCGCCGACUCGAACCGCACGGACAUUGGCGCGCUUCUCAACCGCGCGUCCCGGCUCGCCGCUCGAGGGCCCGUCGGGUCCGCCCCGCCAGCGCACGGCUCGCCGCUGGUCGCCGCGGGGUCGAUCCCGAACAGCCCACGGCAAGAGCGCAAGGAGGUGUACCGGCCGAGCAACUAG